AUGCUCGCCCUCCUCGGUCUUGUUGGUUUAUUCUCCGUCAGUCUCGGCGUGAGUAUCAAUGCUAGAGAUCAGAACUUCGCAAACGAUCAAUCACUCGAGGAGUUUGAUCUGGCUUUUAGCCAAUUCCCUCCUACUCGCCAGACUAAGCAACAUACACAUGACCCUACUAUCCUUCGUGUUGGCGAUGAAUACUAUCUUUACAAUGUCGGCGAACAUAUCUUCAUUCAUACUGCCCCGACUAUGGCUGGCCCGUGGAAACAUGUCGGCAAUUUACUGGAUGCCAACAGUGUGAUUCCGAAGGGUGACCGAGCUGCACCUUGGGCCCCAACUGUCAUCGAGGUGGAUGGCACAUACUAUUGCUACUACAGUGUCAGCAAGGCCGGCUGCCGUGAUAGUGCCGUGGGAGUUGCUACGUCCGACUCUCCAGGCCCUGGCAACUGGUUUGAUCAUGGCAUCGUCAUUCAAACUGGUACGGGCAACGGCUCGGACAUUGAGCCAUACACAGUGUCCAAUGCCAUUGACCCUGCUACAUUGAUUACCCCCGAAGGUGACGCUUAUCUGACAUUUGGAAGCUACUGGAACGGCAUUUUCCAAAUCCCACUCGACCCGGAUUUGAUUUCGCCGGCUAGCACCACGGAGCCCGAUGCCCGUCAAUUGGCGUGGGAGCCACAGUCUCUCGGCAUGCCGAGCCGGUUGGCCAAUAACAUCUGCGGUGACCCGACUGGUCCCCAUGCUAUCGAGGGUGCCUUCACUUCUUACAAUGAUGGAUGGUAUUAUCUCUGGUAUAGCCAUGGCUUCUGCUGCAACCUGAAGCAGGACAACUUGCCGGCUGCUGGUCAAGAAUAUUCCAUCCGUGUCGGACGUUCCCAGAGUCCUCGUGGUCCAUUCUUUGAUAGGUCUGGUACCGACCUUGUCAACGGCGGCGGUGAAAUUGUCUAUGGCUCAAACGGAGACACCUACGCUCCAGGUGGUCAAGGCGUCAUGCGCGACGGGGAUCAGGAUGUCCUCUAUUACCACUACCUGAACAAGACCGUCGGCAUUGCAUUCUCGGAUGCCUUGCUUGGCUUUAAUCCUCUCAAAUAUGUUGACGGAUGGCCCAUCGCUCAGGCCUGA